UUGUCUUCUGAGGGGAAUCAAAACAAGAGGGAACAUACUACGGAAUGUAAAUUUCCACAUGGGAAUGGAAUUAUGGAAAACAUGAUGACGUUAAUAAAGAGGGCAGUAGUUUAGCGAGAUACUGUUUCGGAGUCGGUGUGAAGCCUAAAGUUAAUCUGAAAAUGGAAUAAUGUUCAUUUUCUUUCCAUAUCGAAACUCUGUUCCGGCAAACAGCGUGACGUUGUAAACGUCCAAAUGCCAAAGUCACAUGACAAGAACACGCUACUAGGUUAUUUCCUUUUAUGGGACGUUAGUUGGUUUUCUGUAAAAUGUUAAUAUAACGUUCUUCGGAGUUGAUUUUUUAUAGCGGAAAUAGUAGCGCAGCUGUUUACGGAAUAUGGGUGAUCCAGCUCAGCUCCGAGAAGAGGGUAACCAGCACUUUAAAUCAUGUAACUAUGAAGCAGCAUUGUCUUGCUAUACCAAGGCCCUCAGUCUGUCCGAUGAUCCAAAGGCUCAGGCCAUACUGCAUCGUAACCGUGCUGCCUGCUACCUGAAACUGGAUGACUAUUCGAAGGCAGAGAAAGAUGCAUCUAAAGCAAUUGAAGCAGAUGGUGGUGACGUGAAGGCACUUUUCAGACGCAGCCAAGCCUUGGAGAAACUGGGUCGACUGGACCAGGCAUUCCUUGAUGUGAAGAGGUGUGCCUCUCUGGAACCCCAAAACAAGGCAUUUCAAGAAUCUCUACGGAGGUUGGGAGUCCAGAUUCAGGAAAAGGCAAAAUUUAUGUCUACCACGGAUGCCAAAGUGGAGCAGAUGUUUAAAGUUUUGCUUGACCCUGCAGAAAAGGAUGAAGACAAAAAACAAAAGGCUGCACAAAACCUAAUAGUCCUAGCACGGGAGGAGGCAGGAGCAGAGCAGAUUUUCCGAAGUGAUGGCACACAGCUGCUGCAAAGGAUGCUGAGGACUGGCAAGCCAGAGAUGGUGUUGGCCGCUCUGAGGACACUUGUGGGUCUGUGUUCUAGCCAUCCAUCCCGGACCAUGGCAAUCCUAAAUACCCUGGGAAUGGAAUGCUUCUCUUCCGCAAUGGGAAUGGACAACGAACAGUUAUCUCUUGCAGCCUGCAAUGUACUGCAGGUUAUGAUUGAGGCACUGACAGAUGGUUCAAAAAAAAGAAUUCAAGUAAAGGAUUCUGCAGUUGUGCUUGAACCAUCAAGGGAGUUGAAGUCAAUGCUGCAGCACCUACUUGAUGUUCUGACACAGUCAUCCUUUUCAGGACAAGGUCGAGAUAAUGCCAUCAAUUUGUUGAUCAGACAUGUACCUCGAAAGUCGCGACGGGAUCCAGACAAUUCUACAACACUUUGGGUGAUUGACAAUGGCUUGAAAAAGAUCCUUGAGGUGGGAGGAACUGUUCCUGAGAUUACAGGAAGUCUGCCCAUCACUGAGAAUAGUAGGAUGAGUGCUUCUGUGCUGCUGAAUAAGCUGUAUGAUGACCUGAAGUGUGACUCGGAGAGAGAAAACUUCCACAAGCUCUGCGAGGAUUACGUGCAGAGUUGGUUUGAGUCCCCUGGUAUGGAUGGCAAACUCCGUGCUAUCCAGACUGUAUCUUCAUUGCUUCAAGGCCCUUGGGAUGUUGGAAACCGGACCCUGGAACUGAGUGGUAUAAUGGAGAGCAUUAUUGCCCUCUGCGCCUCAGAACGUGAGAUUGAUAAGGUGGUUGCAGUUGAAGCUUUGAUACAUGCAGCUGGCAAAGCUAAACGGGCAUCUUUUAUUACAGCUAAUGGGGUUGCACUGUUAAAGGACCUGUACAAGAAAAAUGAAAAUGAUGCAAUUCGCAUCAGAGCCCUGGUGGGACUAUGUAAGCUGGGCUCUGCUGGAGGGACUGAUUUUAGCAUGAAACAGUUUGCUGAGGGCUCAACACUCAAACUGGCAAAGCAGUGUCGGAAGUGGAUGUGUAAUGAGAUGAUUCUAUCAAGCACACGUCGCUGGGCAGUGGAAGGUCUGGCUUACCUAACUUUUGAUGCAGAUGUCAAAGAAGAGUUUGUAGAAGACAAAACGGCCAUGGAGGCCCUGUUUGAGCUUGCAAAGUCAGAGGAUAAGACAGUCCUAUUUGCUGUGGCCUCAGCCUUGGUAAACUGCACAAACAGCUAUGAUAAAGAAGAGCUGGACCCUCAAAUGGUGGAACUUGCCAAGUAUGCAAAGCAACAUAUUCCUGAGGAACACCCUAAGGACAAGCAAAAGUUUGUUGUGAAGAGAAUAAAGAAGUUGUUGGAUGCUGGAGUGGUAUCUGCUGUCACAUGUAUGGUAAAAAAUGAGAGCCCAGCACUUACAGACUCCUGUAAGGAGCUCUUAUGUAGAGUAUUCCUGGCGCUUGUGGAGAAUCCUGAAGACAGAGGAUUUGUUGUAGCACAAGGAGGAGGAAAGGCUUUGAUACCACUGGCUUUGGAAGGCACUGAUGUUGGAAAGACAAAAGCUGCACAGGCUCUAGCAAAAAUAGCAAUAACUUCAAAUCCUGAGAUUGCCUUUCCUGGAGAGAGGGUUUAUGAGGUAGUACGUCCCCUAGUUGGACUCUUGCAUCUGGACCGAACAGCACUGCAGAAUUUUGAGGCACUGAUGGCAUUAACUAAUCUUGCAGGGAUCAGUGAAAGACUGAGGCAGAAGAUUCUGAAAGAGAAGGCAGUUCCAAAGAUUGAUAGUUACAUGUUUGAAGAGCAUGAAAUGAUCAGAUUGGCUGCCACAGAGUGCUUGUGCAACCUGGUCCUCAGUCAGGAGGUACGAGAUCUGUUUCUAACAGAAGGUAGUGAUCGCUUAAAGCUUAUUGUUUUGUACUGUGGAGAAGAUGAUGAAAAGUUGCGUUGUGCUGCUUCUGGGACCCUCGCCAUGCUCACUUCACUCCAGCCUGAGUUGUGUGCCAGAAUACCCAAAGUGACAACACACUGGUUAGAGAUCUUACAGGCACUUGUCCUGAGUCCUUCUGCUGACCUCCAGCAUCGUGGGCUUGUAAUUGUUUUGAACAUGAUAACUGCUGAUCGCGAUGUUGCAGCAAAGCUAAUGGAGAGUGAAAUGUUGGAGAUCCUGUCUGUCAUGGUGAAGGAGGAGGGUGAGAGAAAACAAGCAGUUUUCUCAGCAGCUAAGGCAUGCCUUGCCAAGGCAGUGGAAUAUGAACUGAUUAAACCCAAUGUGGAAGGAAACUGAAGCACAGAAAAGUUCUGGCCAUGGUGUAACUAAGAAGAAAACACUACGUAAACCAGAAGAAAACUCACAAGAUCUCCCACUUCCAUUUUUCAUUAACUUGUUUUAAUUGUACUUCAUUUAAAAUAAAUGUGUAUGGGACAAGACUAUAUACAGCAAAUGGGUAAACAGCUAUACCUUUUCCUGAGAGUCAGUAGUCCUUGGAUUUAAUAAGGAAGGAGAUCUAUGUCUAAAGAUUAACAAAGAAUUGCUCUGAGGGAUUUUGCAUCACAGAUUUUUGACUGCCUUACUUGCUUGAGAAUUAAGCAGGUACUUUCUGUGUGGUUUGUUUUGUGCAGCACUUGCUUUUCACUACAAAGAUUUUUGUGAAGCCUGUGUGAAAAGUUGAGUUCUUCACGCAGGCUUUCUCACUCACAGCAUAAGUAAACUUGUUAUAUUUUUUACUCAUACUUUGGAAACCAGCAACUGAUUAUAUAGGAGACUUUUGAGGAAGGAGACUUGCACUUCAUCUGUGUCACUUAGAUCCUGUAGUAGGAAAGUUAAUUUCUUUCAAGUACUUCUCAGAGGUUCAGCCCAGUAAAUCAUGCAGCAUGUCUUAUUUUCCCUGAGGUAACUUUGGCUGCUGCUUGUUUUAGUUCUGCCAAUAGAUAGUGUUGGCCUGUUUACAUAUCUGGGCAGCUCUGAAGUACAUAGCAUUUAUAAGGUCUUCACCAGUAACACAGUGUUUUAUGUUAUCAUGUACAUCUUGAAAGAUUCACGUGCAACAGACCCCAGAGUCCAUUACAAGAAACUACAAACGCUAUCUUGGACCUCAUAUUGUCUUGAUUUUCUGUGUCAGCUUAGUUUUCUGAAGCACUGGUCGUAGCGUGUGUGCAUCACUGUAUAGACUGAAUAUGUGCUCUCAUUUAGAACGAAUGUGAUAACUCUUUCUCCAUAAAUGAAAUACUGUGAAGUAACAACACAGUUUCAAGAUAUGGGAGGGGAAGAGAGUGAAGAGAUGGGUGAUUUUUCUUUAUUUUUGAGACAUAUGUGAUGGGCACAUUUUGAAAUGACCAUUGCAAACUAUGGGAGACCAAAUGACCAAGGUUCAGAUGUAGAAAUAUGUUGCUGCUUGGAGUACACCAAGUACCUGACAUCAAGCUUAGUAUUUUUUUCAUCAUUCCUUAAGUACAUAUCCGUAGUCAUGCAUUCAUUAGUAUGCCUUAAGUGUGUACUGUAGCCACUGCCAGACUGUUUGAUAGUGUCUAAAAUAGAUGUGUUCCAUGAAUGUGUGUGUGACAUUAUCACACAUACUGAGCAUUCCUUAGGUUAAAAGCCAUUCUGCGUCUUACUUGCCAGUAACUGAAGUUACUAGCUACAAAACCAGUGUUUCCCUGGAUAAGUCUUCAGAAUUUAGUCAUUAUACUUUUUUUGGGGGGAGGUGCAAAUUAACUAAAGACUUAGUGUAAUGUGGUGUUAGACGCGAGGAUGCCAGUGACGCAGCUGUGGGAGAUGUCUAUCUUGCCAGUGUGCUUUGACUAGUUUAUUUUCUACUUUAUUUUUUUCUGACAUUUAGCACCACAUUAGUGGUGAUUGCAUUCAUCCUAAGGAAGCUGGUUUUAUCAUUUUGUGUACCGGUCACUGCACUUGUGUUUUUUACAGUUUGCUUAUAUUCAUUUUUAUAUAACGAAAGGGAACAAAAGAGAAAGAAACUUCUUUUUGGAGCUUUGCUUUUAGCCCCCUGUAUGUCUUCACCAAAUAGCAGGAUAGUAUGAGGGAGUCUUCUAUACUGAAUAUAUUUUAACUGUGAGAGUGCCACAAUACUUGCUGCCUCUUUGGCUGAAUUGUCUAAUUGUACGUGCUUCUAUGCCUGGGAAAAGCAGAAACCUUUCAAGAUUAGGGGGGAAAAAAACAGGUGAACCCACACUUGGACCUCUUCAAAGGCCUCCCACCAUUUAAUUGAUCACUGUGGUCAAAAGCUGAAGAAAAAAAGUUUUCAUCGUAUCUUGAAUUUCUAUGCAAUAUUACUACCCUUGUUAGUAGCUGUGUUCUACCCAAAAAUGGCUGCCAUCAUUUAUGUAAGGCCCUUUCUUCCAAAAAAUAAAAAAUAACUGAUGUACUCCUUGACUCCACAGUAUGAUAGCAUGUCACCAUUUUUUAAAUUUGGGUUGUGCUAUCCCUUCACUUAGAAUGGGUGUGCUUUGAAUUCUUGCUUUUUUUUUGAGAAUCCCUGGAAAGAAGGUACAAGUACAAUUUUCAUUGACUUCCUUAGAUUAGUGUUGUUUUCCAUCUCCUGAAACACACUUUUAGUGAGAUUUUCUUGUUUGAGAUUAAAAAGUGGCAAAAUUAGUGGCUUUUGUAAACUGUAAUUUUUUUCUUAGCUUCAGGACCAAAAUUUUAUUCAUGCCUUUGCUGCCUAUUCAGCUCUUGAUUGUAGUAAUACUGACAGAACUUGGCCUGUUGGUGUUUAAUAAAAUGUACAAACAUCUGUGAAA